CUUUUGUGUACGUCAGCGCUGUUGAGGAAAUGGCGGCCGCGGCGACGGCAGGGUCUGCGGCGGACCAUCCGCUCCUUACGGAGGCCAAAAAGAUGGAAUAUUUCUCCUCCAUCAACUCCAUGGCCCGUAAGAUCGUGGAGGAGAGGGAAAAGAUAAAGGAGAGGUACGGUUCUGCUUGGGAUCAGAUGAGUCCGGUCGAACAGGACACGGCGAUAGACAACGGGAUGAUGGACCCGCGGAUCCGGGCUCGGUACGCGAUGCACCGGGUGGAGCGAGAAGAGCUGAUCUGCUUCCCGAAACUACUGCUCCAGACCGGACAGAAGACUGUUCACUUCGGAGAAGAGGACUUAACUUGGCAAGAUGAGCACUCGGCUCCCUUCUCUUGGGAGACCAAGAGUCAGAUGGAUUUCAGCAUCAUCUCCGGUGCCCCAGAACUGGCCGUUCCCUCCUCAGCUAACGAAUCCAAACCCAAGCCCUCUCAGAAUACCAAGCUGCCCAGCAAUGACGAGUCGUCCUUCUGGAAGAUCAGCGCCGAACGCUCGCGGCUAGAGGGCGAGAAGGCUGAGUUUCAGUCGCUGACGCCCAGCCAGAUCAAGUCUCUGGAGAAAGGAGAGAAGCCUUUGCCGUCGUACCUGAGGUCAGAGUCUGGGCCGAGGGAGUCAGAGGAUGCGCCUGCCUCGCGGCCGGUUCAACCAUUAUUUUUAAGAGUCGUUCCCAUCAGCGUGACCCCUGUGGCGAUCAGCGUGACCGCGACACCUCCUGCUCCCGUGUCGUCCUCAGAGGAAGGCUGGGAAAGGGCCCAGAGCACUCUUCCUUCUGUAAGCACUAUGAAUGAUGUGUUCAGUCCUGGUCUGGUCACCAGGUCUUCCUCUCAGUCCAACAGCACAGUCAAAGAUGCCGACAAGGCAGAAAGUCCUACCUUCUCACAGUUCAACACAAGCAGUAAUAUCCUGAAGACUGGAUUUGACUUCUUGGACAACUGGUAACGCUUGAAUAUCCUGAAGAACCCAUUCCAGAUGACAGGACCUGCAAGCACCACAAACCCAACACUACAGAACACUUUCCUUUUAAAUCCAAACGCUUUAGUAGUGUAUUUAUAGUGCAUCAAUAUCUCUACGACUGUAUUAAACUGUAUCUCACUGGUUACUGGAAGCAUGAGCUAUGAUACAACGGGUAGGAUUUUUCUUUAGUUGAUUUCACACUUGGUACAUUUGCUCGAGUCAGAACCCUUUGGCUCUACUCUCCUGGCCCUGUUGAUCUGCUUUCCCACUGUUACUGUUAUUCUAAACUGUGGUAUGUUGCGCAAAAAUUCUUUCACCAUCAACAUUAGAACAACCAAAAGUUAUUUAUCCCUUGUAUCCAGGCAACAAAGUUUGAAAUCUUUAAAGUUGCAGAACAAUGUUUUGAUUUUUGUUUGAUGUUACUACCAAAAUGGCACAAUAUACUUAAUUAGUACCAGCCCACUUCUGGAUUGCAUUCCCAUCAACCACAAACCAUACUGUGGUUCACAUGAAAACAAACCCAAAACCCCGUUUUCGGACUCAAGUGCGUGUUUACAGAAGUUUGGAAGAUGCAUUAAUCACUCAGAUCCACACUAAAUCCACUAUAGUGUGAAUGCCACAUCACCGUCACUGCCAUCAUUUUGUAUCUAUAUUUAUCUAGACCUCAAUACUAGUGUUAAGAUGCUUCACUGUACAUUUAUUGAUAAGGACCUAAAUGAGACACCGUAGUGCUAGCAUGGUUUUGAGGAGAUGUCUUUGCGCCUUGCUUGUUUUGUAGACCUUUUAUAUGCGUGCUACUUUCAUUGUAUGCGUUGACGUGAAUCAUUGACUUUUCUCCUCAUUCUCCUAAAUGCUUCCUUUCUUUGUCUCUUAGCCCAGUACUCCAGAGGUGGCUUAGUAACUUAAAGCAAUAGUUCAAAUCUCCAUUGGUUGUUAGGCCCGAAACAUACUCAAUGCAAGUACGGCAAAUGUGGAUGCAACAUUAAAAAAAUGGGUGUUAUUGUAUUACUGCGGCAUUAACGAACUCCAGAACUCAAGGGGGUGAUAGAGUUAACUGAAACUGAAUGUUCUAUUGUUCAGGUCAGCUGAAUAGUUGAAUUAACUUGCUGAUCACUUGCGUUUGAUGUUUUUCAGAAUGCUUGAUUUUGGAUGUGUGAAAUCGACACCAGAAGCGUUCACGUACUUGUCUGUCGCAUGAUGCAGGGCUAAACUAACUAGGGUUCAAGGGUAGGAAUCAUUUUUGGAGCUUUGUUGCGAGAUGGUUUUGUUGAAUACGAAAUGCGUGGCCUGGAGCCAGUAUUUAUGCAUUUAUGUAUCUGUAAUGGAAGAGAAGUACAAUAAAAGAAGUACACUAAC